AUGAAGGUUCUAGUGCUCGUUAUUCUAUCAGUCCUUUCGUUUUCAGUACCAUGUACAACUUCAGAUCCAAUUCGCACAACUGACUUCCUCCACUGCCUUACAAAUCAUUCUCACUACUCCACCUCCCCAAUCUCUGAAGCCAUUUACACGUACCAAAACACCUCUUUUCAACCUGCUCUCUUGGCAUACAUUAGAAACCGCAGAUAUUCCACACCCACAACACCGAAACCUUUGGCGAUUGUAGCAGCCAAGCAUGAAUCCCAUGUCCAAUCGACUGUCAUUUGUGCACAACAACAUGGAUUUCAAAUAAGAAUCCGAAGCGGUGGCCAUGAUUUUGAGGGUCUAUCGUACGUAUCAAGUGUCACACCCUUUGUCAUGCUUGACAUGUCUAAUCUUAGAUCCAUCGAUAUUAAUGUCACGGACGAGAGUGCUUGGGUAGAAUCUGGGGCUACUCUUGGUGAGCUUUAUUUCAAUAUUGGAAACAAAAGCAAUGUGCAUGGAUUUCCUGCUGGAGUUUGCCCCACUGUUGGUAUUGGUGGCCAUCUUAGUGGUGGUGGUUAUGGCCCUUUGAUGAGAAAAUAUGGACUUACAGUCGAUAACGUUGUAGACGCUAAGCUAGUCAAUGCGAACGGUACAAUGCUUGAUAGAAAAUCAAUGGGAGAAGAUCUUUUCUGGGCCAUUAGAGGUGGUGGAGCAAGCUUUGGAGUCGUUGUGUCUUGGAAGAUCAAAUUGGUUCCAGUUCCAACCAGAGUGACUGUAUUCAAUGUUUUAAGGACUUUGGAACAGGGCGCUAUCGAUACUGUUCAUCGGUGGCAAUACGUAGCGCCUAAGCUGCCUAAAGAGAUCUUCAUUAGGGCAAUGCUUCAAGUGAAGCAAAAUAGUACUUCAGGUAAGUUGGCUAUGCAAGUGUCAUUCAUUUGUCAUUAUUUGGGAGAUAGUGAGAAACUUCUUUCUUUGAUGAAUCAGAGUUUUCCUGAAUUGGGUUUGCAGCAAAGUGAUUGCUUUGAAAUGAGUUGGGUAGAAUCCACUGUGUUCUGGGGUAACCACCCGAUUGGAACUCCCGCAACUGUUCUGCUUGAUAGGCCAAUGGGGCCGCCAGAUUUCUUCAAGGGCAAGUCAGACUAUGUGAAAGAGCCGAUUCCGAAACAUGGAAUAGAAUCGAUAUUGGACUUGAUGUUAAAGCCGGGUCUGGAUAAACUGUACAUGGAAUGGAACCCUUAUGGUGGAAGAAUGAGUCAGAUUUCGGAGUCGGAAACUCCAUUCCCUCACAGGGAAGGAAACCUGUUCUUGAUUCAGUAUCUGGGAUAUUGGAAAGAAGACAAGGCUGAGACGGCACACCGCUACCUUGACUUGAUUAGCAAAAUGUAUCAAGAAAUGACUCCAUUUGUGUCCAAGAACCCAAGAGAGGCCUUCCUAAACUAUAGGGAUCUUGACCUUGGUGCCAAUACGGGUAAUCAGACUAAUGUUGAAACUGCUAGGAAUUAUGGAAGCAUGUAUUUCAAAGAAAACUUUGAUAGACUGGUCCGUGUGAAAACUGCGGUUGAUCCUUGGAAUUUUUUCAAGAAUGAACAGAGUAUCCCGCCACUUUAG